GAACACUUGAGACAAGCUGAAGCAGGAGAACAGGGAGCGCGUUUGUCUCUCAUGUCUGACAUAAGGAGUCCCAUCAGUUAGUGCUUUUACCUGGGAAUAGAAAUCGAAGAAAGAAAGACUUCUCUGCUGUCGGAAUGGAACCGAAGAAGAAUGUUUUUACCAAACUGCGAGAUAGAACCAAGCUGUUUAAUGUGAAAAUAGGAAAGAAGGCCAAGAAGACUCCUCUAAAAUACAGAAGGAGUAUCUCAGUACCUGACCUGAGAUGUGGUCAGUCCGUGCCACCUAUGCUAAACAAUGUUGUCGAGUCUCCAGACUCUGACUCCGCCUCCUUCAUUGACCAAGAUGAAACAGAGAGUGAAACCUCCAGCUUGGCUUACUCUGAUAACCUCGCUGUCACAGAUGGACCAUUUUCAGCCAGGUCUAAAGACCUGUUCCUAGACAUAUCAUCCUCAACCAAGUCUGUAGACCAGCACAGUGCUUCUGACACAGCAUCUUUACACCAGUCCCUGGACCAACCCACUUCUCCAGACUCAGCAACUGACCAACCCACUGUCUCAUCCACAGCAUCUGCAGCCAAGCACCUUGACCAACUUACUGCCUCAUCCCCACCAUAUGCAGCCAAGCUCCCCAACCAACUUAUUGCCUCAUGCCCACCAUAUGCAGCCAAGCUCCCCAACCAACUUAUUGCCUCAUCCCCACCAUAUGCAGCCAAGCUCCCAGACCAACUUACUGCCUCAUCCACACCAUCUGCAACUAAGGUUGUGGACCAGUUUACUUUCCCAGACAUACCAGCCUCAAAUAUGCAUUCUGCAUCUGAUGUCCUUUCAGCACCACAGAAACCAGCUGUUAUGGCCAUCACCAACAAUAGGCCUGAUAAGAGAACAGAAGAAGGGGGCAGAAGAACUAGAUGGUACCUAGAAGACCCAGACAAUGAGUCUGCUUGCAGCACACCAUCUGAGGAUCGCUCUGUAAUUUGGGGUCAGGAGCUCACAACAGACUUUAUUACACCAGGAUCCACAGAAAUGUGCAUUACCGGAUCAGCUGAGGACCUGGAUGACGUUAUAAGUGAGAGCAGUGACUUUGACACCAUUGUCUCUGGAGGAGAAAAUAAGUCCCAGAAUGUCCAGUACCUCCUCACCAUCAACUUAAAGGAAGGAAGGAACCUGGUGAUCAGAGACCGCUCUGGUACGAGUGACCCAUACGUCAAAUUCAAAUUAGAUGGCAAGACGGUAUACAAAAGCAAGGUUAUGUACAGGAACUUGAACCCUCUGUGGAAUGAGUCCUUCUCCUUUACCGUCAGGGACCUGGAGCAAACCAUUUUUGUUAAGGUGUAUGACCGUGACCUGAGAUCACAUGACUUCAUGGGCUCGAGUGCUGUCGUUCUUAAUAAACUGGAGUUGGACAAAACAUGUGAGAUGAUCUUGCGUUUAGAAGAUGCUGGCAGUCCAGAGGAUGACAUGGGGGUUAUAAUCUUAGACGCCUGUGUAACCGUCUGUGAGGGGCCCACCAAACGAAAUAAGUGGCCAAUGAAGAGGAAAGGAAGCUUCAAUAAGGGUCAGCCACAGCAGGUGCGAGCAGCCACCACACAGAAGAGCCAGGUCUGGAGCGAACUGUACACAGUGGUGCUGGUAGAGGGUCAGGACAUGCCUGAGGGUGGCCAGGGUGACGUAUAUGUCCUUUUCAGCCUGGGUGACCAGAGGUUCCACAGCAAGAAUCUGUGCAUAAAGGCCAACCCACAGUGGAGGGAGACAUUUGAUUUCAACCGUUUCGACGAUGGCCUACCAGACAUGCUGGUGGUAGAGGUGUUCUGCAAGAGGGGCCGAAAGCGCGAAGAAUGCUGGGGAACGUUGGAAUUUGACCUGUCACAACUGCCUGUCAACCAGAAGCAAUCAUACACACACGUUGUGGGUGCAGGCAAAGGCCGGCUGGUUUUCUUGGUCACCCGCACCCCCUGCCCUGGAGCGUCCGUCUCUGACAUGGGAUCUGCUCCAUUAGAUCAUCUGUCUACCUGUGAAGGGAUACUGAAGCAAUACAAUUUGAGGAACACACUGAUGAACCUACAGGAUGUCGGAUACCUCCAGGUCAAGGUUUUGAGGGCCACAGACCUUACCUCCACAGAUCUAAAUGGUAAGAGUGACCCAUUUUGUGUGCUGGAGCUUGGAAACUGCAGGUUACAAUCUCAGACCAUCUACAAGACCCUCAGUCCAGAAUGGAAAACAGCCUUUACAUUUCCAAUUAAGGAUAUCCAUGAUGUCUUGGAGCUGACCGUUUUUGGUGAAGAUGGAGACAAAUCGAGGGACUUUCUGGGAAAAGUUGCUAUUCCUUUGCUGACAGUUUCCAAUGGACAGCAGAUAACCAGACUUUUGAAAAAAGAGGAUUUGGCAGGGCCAUCCAAAGGAAGCAUCACUCUGGAGAUGAGCAUUUUCUACAACCCGGUCAGAGCUGCCAUCAGAACAUUCAAGCCUAAAGAAAAGAAGUUUGUGGAGGACAGCCCGAAGUUCAAUAAAAAGCUGUUAGCGCGCAACAUUUACCGUGUGAGGAGGAUCAGCAUGGCUGUUCUGUAUACAUUGCAGUACAUUAAAAGCUGCUUUCAGUGGGAGAGCACUCAGAGGAGCAUCACCGCCUUUCUGAUCUUUGUAGGGACGGUGUGGCACUUUGAGCUGUUCAUGCUGCCUCUCUUCUUUCUCCUGCUGAUUGGCUGGAACUACUUCCACAUCCCCCCGGGCGCAGGCAGCCACAGUCAGGACCUGGAGAGCAUGUCUGUGGCGGAGGACGAAGACGAGGAUGAAAAGGAAUCAGAGAAAAGAGGACUGAUGGAAAAAAUCCAUAUGAUUCAAGAAAUUGUGCUCACUGUCCAGAACGUUCUAGACGAAGUAGCUUGCAUAGGAGAAAGAGUAAAGAACACUUUCAACUGGUCGGUGCCUUUCUUGUCGUUCCUGGCCUGUGUGGUUCUGUUCACAGCUACUGCUGCGCUGUACUACAUCCCUUUACGCUACAUUGUCUUAUUAUGGGGUGUUAAAAAAUUUGCCAAGAAGCUCCUCAACCCACAUGCCAUUGACAAUAAUGAACUACUGGAUUUCCUCAAGAGGGUACCUUCUGAUGUUCAAAAGGUGCAGUACGGCGAGUUGAGAGCGGCUGGCAUCCAGAGUGCACAGAAGAAGAAGCGUUAGCGUUCCAAAGGAAAAAGCCAGGCUGUGGUGAAAUUGGUGCUCUCUAGUUCAGUCCAGGCUGUCCCCCGCUCACCUUCCAGGGCAGUCAAUCUCAUAUACUCCUUGUGGUGUGGUUGCUGCCAGCCUCUCUUAUGUCACAGUGUGUGUGAGUGCAUGUGUCUUUUUUGACAGGAGGUUCUCAGUGACUCACAGGCCAGUGUAUAGAUCCAUCUUCUUUGAGCGAUGCCAUAGCAGAGCCACUUUUGGUUCUUUAAAGAACCAUUUUUGACAAAAAAGAGAUGUGUGAGUGAAAAGAAGUAAACGUAAUGUCAAGGUUCUAUAACUAUUUGAGUUCUUUCCUUUUUAUGUAGUCCCUCUAUGGCAUCCAAAAAGAACCUUUUUUAAGAGCACCAUUAUUUUUAAGAGUGUAAUGGAAGAGUAGUGGAAUGUAUUAACAGUAAUUCUACCAAGCAAUACUUCUGUGUGCAGUCAUAUGUGUGUAUAUUAAGUAUUUUACAAGGCUUCUAAUGUGCUCAGCCCAUCGGCAUUUCUAUUUUAUAAUAAUGAGUUGGACUGGGAAAGCAUUUUUUGGUCUUUCAGCAACAAAGAUUAGUCCUCAAAGCAUGACAGACAUGCUAAAGUAUAUUAGAAUCUAGAGUGUAUAGAUUGUACAUACAGGGCAGAAAAUAUUGUUUAAGUAUAAAUGCAUGGAAGAUGUGAUGUGCAUCCUAAGUUGCCUGCUUAUUAUGAAAUACUGAAGCACUUUCAAAUGUCAGUUAAAUUUAUUAUAUAGGCCAAUGUAAAUAUGACUUUUUGGGGUAAACUUUA